GAGAGAGUUUGCUGAGCUGCUGGAGAAGUUUGGCUCCCAGAGCAAUACGGGCUCAGCGCGGAGCUCGCCGAUCCUUCAUGGAGGCAGUCGAUACCUGGAAAGCACAUCCUCGGGCUCCUCCUCACGCUCUCAGAGUCCGCUCCUGCUGAGCCCUGCCAAUUCCCACGGGCCCUUCAUCGGAAACCCGGCGCAUCCCUCUCACGCACACUACUCCAUUGAAUCAGGAAUCCAGAGCAUUUCUAUAGCAAAAUCCUCCGGCUUAGGGCUGACAAUCGGUGGUGGAUCUAACAGACCUGAUGGCCCCAUGAUUUAUGUUCAAGAGCUUGUGCCAGACGGUGACUGUUACAAGGAUGGUCGACUCCGACCUGGCGACCAACUAAUUGCUAUCAAUAAAGACUCUUUGGUGGGCAGCACACAUGAAGAGGCCAGAAAAAUAAUUGCAAAAGCCAAAUUCAGACACGAGGGAAACACAGAAGUGGCCUUUGUUCCUGGAAGGGGACGGAUCCAUCCUGGACUGUCAGUUCAUAACAACACCCCGUCACCGCCUCCAAAGGCUGUGGGAAACGGUCUGAGUUCCUGCAGACUCAAGGUCCAUGUGAGGUCCCCAGAGAAUAGACAUGAAAAUAAUUUUCCUGUGCCUUCUAUGUCACCGGACAAUUGCCCACCAGAGCUUACUGUCUCAGCACCUGCUUCGGAAUCUAAUCAUAAAGCAGCUUCAGGCACCAAACCAAAAGUAGCGCUGGAUCCCCAUAUCAGGCUCAAGGAUGAGAAACUGGAACUGGUUCUGCAGUAUCUUGGUCUGGAUGUGAGCGAGGAGAAGAAGAGGCAGUUACGGCAAAGCUUGACCACAGACUCGCAGGGGACGGUGGCCUAUGGAGAUCUUCUCCAGGCACUCAGGGAUCUGAUGCAGGAGGAGCUGGACGAGGCUGGCCUGGAUUCCAACUCCAUGCUCUUCACACAGCACGAAGUGGCCACUUUGCUGGAUACAUCGGCUUUUCACUCUCCGACCUUCGACUCCCUCAACUGUAAUGGCAACGAGGAGCUGGAGCAGCUGCAGCUGGAAAUGACGGAUCUGCGGCAAGAAGUCCGAAGGCUAAAGACUCUCCUGAAAGAGGUGGAGAACAGCAAGAAGUCAAUGGAAGAUGAGCUUCAGAGACUGAACCAGAAAGCCCUGGGCUUCCUCUCCGAGAACCGGACACUGCACAGCAAGCUGCAGAUGGCAGAGGUGGUGCAGAGACAGGCUCACAGCGCGGAGCAGGACUAUGAGGAAGUGAUCCACUUGCUGGAAGCUGAAAUUGCAGAACUGAAGAUGCAGUUGGCAGGGAAGAAAGCAAAACACAUCUCUGAAAUAGAGGAGGACAUCCUGGAACUGAAAAGACAGUUGUCCCUGGCUGACAGCCAGUUACGAAAAUCAGAAGUCUCACGGAAGCGCCUGGAGAUCUGCAACAGGAAACUGCUCCUGUUUGUGCAGAAUGUCCACAAUGUCCUGAGCACACCCAGCCAUUUACCAGAUGAGAAAAGAGUCAACAGUGAAACAGAAGAGGAUAAAACAGACGCAGUCUCAGAUACAUCUCUUCCAUCUUCAGAUCUUGUUGACCUUUUGCUAUCAGAAGCUAAAGAACUGUUAGCGCCAAUCCUCUCCAGCAAGGACGCUUCGCCAUGUGACAGGGACCAGUGCCUGCCUGCUGAAGGAAUCCCAAACUACAAGGACCAUCUUCAUCAAAAGACCACCUGGCCCCCUCCUGCAAGCCAGACCAAGACUGAUCAACCGCAGCCACCAAGUCCAACCAGCGAACUGCCUAAGAAGCCGACAUAA